AUGGAUACAGACUAUGAAAAACACCCUAGGCGGUAUGAGGCAGGGCAGGAUGGCGUGCCUUCUGAACCGGAGGACUAUCAGCCUCCUGUCGUGGUGGGCGACAACUUGAGCCGACAGCUGUCUGCUCGUCAAGUGCAAAUGAUCGCCAUUGGGGGAACUAUCGGAACCGGCCUGUUUCUGGGUACUGGGAACUCUUUGGCCACUGGAGGUCCUGCGUCGAUGCUCAUAUCGUACGCAAUUGUCGGUGCAAUUGUGUUUGUCACUAUGCUUUCCUUGGGAGAGAUGUCGGCGUUUGUCCCUGUUGCCGGUUCAUUCUGUACUUUUGCUGGCCGCUUCGUGGAUGACGCUUUUGGGUUUGCCCUGACCUGGAAUUACUGGUUCAAUGAUGCUGUAUCCACGGCGUCUGACCUCAUUGCUCUCCAGCUACUGCUACAGUACUGGACUGACAAUUUUCCGGGCUGGGCAAUCAGCCUGAUCUUUCUGUUCGUUGUCAUUGGUCUUAAUAUUAUCUCUGUGAAGGCAUACGGUGAGGCGGAGUAUUUGCUCAGUCUUUUGAAGGUCGUUACGAUUGUCAUAUUCAUCAUCAUUGGCAUUGUGGUUAACUGCGGUGGUAACACUAGCCAUCAGUAUAUCGGUGGACAUUAUUGGCAUAUUGGCGAUGCCCCUUUUGUUGGUGGUAUUGGAGGGUUUGCAUCCGUCUUUGUAACUGCUUCAUUUGCCUAUGGAGGCACUGAAUCUAUUGCAAUCACUGCAGGAGAGACCAAAGACCCUGCUAAGAAUCUUCCUCGCGUUGUGCGCAACGUGUUUUGGAGAAUCCUGCUCUUCUAUAUCCUCUCAAUUUUGAUGGUCGGACUAAACGUGCCGUACACCUACCCAAAUCUUGACAGUGAAGACACCCACACCAGCCCCUUCACGAUUGUUUUUGAAGAGGUCGGAAGUACUGUAGCUGGUAGCUUCAUAAACGCGGUGGUGAUGACAAGCGUCAUAUCAGCAAGCAACCAUGCACUCUUUGCAGGCUCGAGAUUGCUGUACACUCUCGCUGUUGACGGAUAUGCGCCAAAGGUGUUUGGCACACUCAACCGAUUCAAAGUCCCCUGGGUAGCCGUUCUGGGAACAUCCCUCAUAAGUGGACUCUGCUUUGGUGCAAGUUACAUUGGUGCAGGCCAGCUCUGGACCUGGUUGCAAAACAUCGUCGGAGUCUCCAACCAACUCUCAUGGAUUUCCAUCGGAUUUGCCUCACUCCGUUUCCGUGCUGCCAUCAAGAAGCAAGGACUUGAGCAUUUGCUCCCUUUCAAGAACUGGACAUACCCGUACGGCCCUAUCUUGGCUGUGGUCUUGAACAUAGUCCUUGUUCUAGUGCAGGGCUGGUCUUGUUUUAGUCCCAGAUUCAAUGGAGUCGACUUUGUUAGCUACUAUAUUGAAAUUCCUAUCAUGGUUUUAAUGUUCGUUUUCUGGAAAUUGGUCAAGCGGACACGUUUUGUCAGACUCAAUGAAAUGGAUCUGGUCUCGGAUAGGUAUGAUGGUGGGCUUACUUCUGAAGAACGAACAGUGGUCUUGGAGACAGCGCGUCGCAGUCCAUUUGCUCGUGGUCAGCCGUGGAAAGAGAAGGUUACUGCAGUUGCUACAUACAUCUUUUUCUGA